GUGCGUGCACGUGAUAUGUGGAAAGAGAUGCUUGCAAUGAAAACCGGUGAAGAUCAUCCAGGAACAAUACGGGUUGCUCGUGCAGCUGAGGUGCUGACGGGUGUGAUAAAAGAUGUCCAGGAUGGCAAAAGACUACGCCGACAGAACUACGGGAUGUGUUGCACUUGCCAACGUGGUCCGCCAGGCCCCGUCGGUGAACCCGGAGCUGACGGUUCCUUUUUCAUUCAUUUCGACAAUUAUCAAGAAAACGGAAAACAAUGA